AUGAAUAAAGCUUGCGCAACAAGAGAGUCCUCAUUGAGGGUAUCCGUUCAAGUUAACACCAGCGGAGAAGAAUCAAAGAGUGGAGUUGAUCCUGCGGAAUGUUUAUCGGUGUUAAAUCACAUCAAAGAUAACUGUGAAAGGUUGGAACUCAUGGGUAUUAUGACAAUUGGUGCACCGCGUAAGGAAAUGACUGAAGAUCCGAACCCGGAUUUUAUUAGUUUAAUAAAUCUACAGAAGCAAUUUAAAGAAUCGCAAGGAAUCGAGUUAGAAGUAAGCAUGGGAAUGUCUGAUGAUUUCGAAGAGGCAAUAAAAUUGGGUUCCACAAGU